AUGAGUGAUUAUUCCUAUAGCGAUAGUGAUAAGAGUUCAUACUACUACAGUGAAAGUUCAUUAUCUUCUUCUUCAAGCUCAGAUUCAAAGAAGAAGGCCGCACAAGAAGCCGAAAAGAAGAGAUUAGAGGAAGAGGAAGCCAAGAAGAAGGCUGAGGAAGAAGCCAAGAAGGCUGAAGAGGAACGCCUCAGAAAGGAAGAGGAAGAGCGCAAGAAGAAGGAGGAAGAAGAAAGAUUACGUAAGGAAGAGGAAGAACGCAAGCGUAAGGAGGAAGAAGAGAGAUUACGUAAGGAAGAGGAAGAAAGAAAGCGUAAGGAAGAAGAAGAGCGUAAGGAGAAGGCUAAGGAUGAAGCCAAGGAUAAGGACAAGGACAAGGCUAAGGAUGCCGCUGAUAACACAGGUGGUGGCUGCUGCAGAAUCAACUAA